AUUACACACACUCAUACACACUCACAUACACUCCAACACCACACAACCACACAGGUCAGAACGAAAGGUCAAACAAAAACCCCCAGAUAGCAACAGUCAAUACGGGAUCCAGGUGAUGGCUGCUGACAAACCUUGGGCAUUGAUCUCAGAGGUUGGAGAAAAUGGUUACCGAGAAGAUCUCGCAAUGAUGAUAAAGGAGCAUUUCCAGAUUGUGCCCUUUUCUGAUUUCCUCCAAAACCCUGAUUUUUAUGGGCCGAAGAUCCAGGUUUUGUUCAUAUGGAAGUUUUGUCCUGAAGUCACACCCUCUCUGCUGGCUCUGCUGCCUUCACUCAGGGUGGUGAGCAGCUCAGGGACUGGCACAGACCACCUCGACAUCCCAUACAUUCACAGUCUUGGGGUAAAAAUGACCAACACGCUGCAUGUUGUCUCAGAUGCUACUGCUGAUUUCGCAAUGGGUCUUCUUUUGGCAUCUGCCCGCAAAAUAUGUGAUGGUCAAGAAGUAGCCAAGUCUCCUAAUAUUGUGAUAGUACCCCAUACCCUCCUGGGAACUGAAGUCACAGGCUCCACUCUGGGAAUCAUUGGGAUGGGAGAAAUCGGAUACAAAAUUGCCCAAAGAAGCAAAGGAUUUGACAUGAAGAUUCUUUACCACAACCGAAACAGAAGGAGCGCAGAAGAUGAGGCAGCAGUGGGAGCGACUUACUGUGAGAACCUGGACGACUUGCUGAAGAUGUCCGACUUUGUCAUGUUAUCUUUGAGAUUUAGUCCUGAAUCUGUUGGCCUGAUUGGACACAGGGAGCUGUCACUGAUGAAGCGGACUGCUAUUCUCAUCAACGUGAGCCGAGGUCUUGUUGUGGAUCAAGAAGCCUUAGUCCAGGCUCUUCAGUCUGGUGCAAUUCAAGCUGCAGCAUUAGAUGUGACUUAUCCUGAACCACUACCAAGGGAUCAUCCCCUUCUUCACUUGCCCAACGCACUGAUCACACCUCACAUGGGAACAUAUUCAGUCAACACUGCCAAGAAGAUUUUACAGAAAAUGUUGGACAAUUCUUUGGCUGCUAUUAAAGGCUUACCAAUUCCUGAUGAAGUGAAACCUCAAGGAGAUGCAUGACAUUUACAAUAUUACUAAUACAAAUAUUUUAAUGCAAUAUUUUGUAUUUAUUUAUUUUAUGUUAUUUAUUGUGUAAACUGUAAAAAUUGUAUGGAUAACAGUUACACUAUGCAAUGAGCUGGUAACAUGGUGUCAUGGUAAUUUCUGUUAUUUUGUUCUUGUCUGGCUCUUAUGUUGGUUUGAUGA